GUAGUCUUCACCAACUGUUUAGUAUUGUUUAUGUUCGCGCAGGUGUGUUUUGCAAUUUUUGUUUUGUGCGGUAUAAUUAAUGUCUAUUUAACAGUAACAGUAACAGUAACAAUAACAAAAACGAAAAAAAAUAACAAUUACAAUGAAGUAAACAAAUUGCAAAGUGUAUUUUGCAAAUUUCUAUACAAUAAUUUCUAGCCAUUUGAACAAAUAUUUAUAUUACACGCCAAACUGUCCGUCCAAAGACGUCAGCUAAAAUUCUUGCAUUUACAUAUUUUACUGCUGAAGACCAACAACAAAAAUGGGUUUACCAUUUCAACAAUUAAAGAAACUAUGGCUACUCUAUUUGUUUUUGUUGUUUUUUGCGUUCUUUAUGUUCGCACUCAGCAUCAACUUAUACGUCUCCAGCAUACAAAACUAUGACCAAGAGCACAACCAACCGAAACCUGCACCAAGACGUCGCUCAGUCUUCACCAGAAAAAAUGUCAUCGCCCAUUAUAUUGGAAAAGGUGAUAUAUUUGGAAAUAUGACAGCAGAUGAAUACAAUAUAAACAGUUUUAACCCCAUACAAGGCGAAGGUGCUGAGGGACGACCAGUUUUCAUACCGCCUCGCGAUGGCUUUCGCAUGCAGCGCUUCUUUAGGCUGAACAGCUUCAAUCUCUUGGCCAGCGACCGUAUACCACUUAACCGCACUCUACGAGAUUACAGAAUCAAAGAAUGCCGUGAAAAAAAAUACUCCACCGCUCUACCCACCACAUCUGUAAUUAUUGUGUUCCACAAUGAAGCUUGGUCAGUGCUGCUACGGACUAUAACCAGCGUCAUUAACCGUACACCGAAAAAAUUGCUCAAGGAAAUUAUACUCAUCGAUGAUGCCAGUGACAGAACUUAUCUGAAGAAGCCACUGGAGAACUAUAUUAAAGUUCUAGCGGUGCGUACGCGUUUGCUGCGUACUCCAACACGUGGUGGUUUGGUACCAGCACGUCUCUUAGGUGCUGAACAUGCUAGAGGAGAAGUACUUACAUUUUUGGAUGCACACUGCGAAUGUUCACGCGGUUGGUUGGAACCAAUGUUGACACGCAUUAAAGAAUCACGCAGCAGUGUCGUAUGUCCAGUUAUUGACAUUAUAUCCGAUGAUAAUUUUAGUUAUACGAAAACUUUUGAAAACCAUUGGGGUGCAUUCAAUUGGCAAAUGAGUUUUCGUUGGUUUGGCGCGGAAAGAAGAGGUGUGAAGCGUGAAGAUCCCACCACAAAUAUAGCUACACCAGCUAUGGCUGGCGGUUUAUUUGCCAUAGAUAAGAAAUACUUUUUCGAUAUUGGUGCUUAUGAUCGUGAUAUGAAGAUAUGGGGUGGCGAAAAUGUUGAGAUGUCAUUUCGCAUUUGGCAAUGUGGCGGUACGGUGGAGAUAAGCCCCUGCUCACAUGUAGGACAUGUAUUUCGCAGUAGCACGCCGUACACAUUCCCUGGUGGCAUGACUGAAGUCUUAACUAAAAAUAUCGCACGUGCAGCUAUGGUAUGGAUGGAUGAUUGGCAAUAUUUUGUGUUUUUGUAUACUUCCGGCCUCACGUUGUCCACACCCAAUGAAAUCGAUGUUAGCGAACGUUUAGCAUUACGUGAAAAACUGAACUGCAAACCAUUUUCAUGGUAUUUGGAACAUAUUUGGCCCGAGCAUUUCUUUCCAGCACCAGAUCGAUUUUUCGGCAAAAUAAUAUGGCUAGACGGUGAAACGGAGAGUGCACAGGCAUAUACUGCUAAUAUGAAAAAUUUGCCGGGUAGACUAAUUUCACGUGAAUGGCCACGUAUUUUCAACGAAAUUCAUAAAAAUAGUGAUCAGCUAGUGUCACUGCUGGAUUUGGAAAGAGAUAAAUGUUUACGCGCUACAAAACGUGAUGCACCACGCACUUCCAUGCAGCCUGUAACUGUCGGUGAUUGCACAGCACAUCCAAGUUCAAUGGAUAUGUUUGUUGUAACGCCCAAAGGGCAAAUUAUGACUAAUGAUAAUGUAUGUCUGACAUACAGCGAACAAAAGCAUGGCAUUAUAAAAUUACUUAAAAGCCGCAAUGCAACCACUUCCAAUGUGCAGUUGACACAAUGUUUCGAUGAACCGAAGCAACAUUGGAUCUAUGACAUGGAUACACAACAAUUGACACACAGUCAAACUAAAUUUUGUCUUACACUCAAGUCAGCCAAAUCCGUGCGCUCACAUACAACUGAAAAAAUCGUGGUUGCCGUUGAGUGCAACAUCAAAGACAUCACACAGAAAUGGGGAUUCAUACCUUUGCCAUGGAGAAUGUAAAAUCUUUCAAUCAAGUUUAAAGUGAGAAACUUGUCUAUGAUUGAAGAGUGUGGGUAUUUCAUAUACUGAAGGAAUUGUGCUCAAAUCGAACUUAUGAUUGCGAUUUAAAACCAAUAUAUAUGUAUUUUAGUAACAUUUCACAGCAUAACUCCACAACUACACCAUCGACAUCUACUUGUGAUAUUUUCAGUUUGAUUCCAAAUCAUAUGCUUCUUAUUUAUAACUCAUUUUCCUUUUAGACAUUUUAACUAUCUGUCAUACUAAAAAUCUAUUUAUUUACCCAAAUUUUUUUUUCUUUUUUUGUAAUUUUUAUACUUUACUAUUUAUAAUCUUUACUAUUCAAACAUUGUAAAAUGAUGAUAUUAGAGCUCCUGUAAUUAUAUAUAUAAAUGUAUUUAUUUAUAUAUAUGAAUAUGUAUUUAUAUUUAUGUAUGUGUAAUAUAUAUAAAUGUUUUUAACUAUAACUUACUAUUGUUAUAAGAAAUUAAUGUCUAUUAUUAGUGCAAUUAUAUAAAUUUUAUCAAAUUU